AUGAUUAGUGUGACAACUAAGACAGCUUUAUCUUCUCUAUUUGAAAUGGGUGUAGAAUAUAUGACUUUGAUUCAACAUAAUGAGAAUCGAUAUUUUAUAAUAUUGGGUAAUACUUCAAUAUUCUUUUUGAAAGAAGGAUUUGAUAUAUUGGAAGCAAAAGUAAGUUUUUAAUGUAUUGAUCGUUUGAUUGUGUCAUCAUAGGAUAUAUAUUUAUUAUAGAUUCAUUUCAAUGCAAAAAGACCAAAAAAUGUUCCAUUAAAAAUGAAUAUUCAUAGUUUGGAAAGAAGAGAUUUGAUCAAGUUUAUUUAGUAAGGUUGGAAAACAGAUUAUAUGCAUAAGUUUUUAGAGGUGCGUGAAUUGCCUACUUAUAAAGGAAAGUUUAGAGAUUAUAAUUAUUAAGUGACAAUGCUAAAGAAACCAUAAGUAGAAUUGAUGGAGAAUUAAGAAAUGUAUAAAUAUAAUAUGCAUAUGUUAAAUGGAUAUAACAUAUUUUUUCCUAAUUCUUAUUAGAAUACUAAGAAAGGGUUGUAUCGAAAUGGAUAAAACAAAUCUUAAUUUACUUUAUAAGUUUCAGAAACAAAUGAACUUGAGGUAUUGGAACAUAUGCACAAUCAUAUAGAUAUAUAAUAUUAUGCUGAAUAUUAUGUACAUAAUGCUUUGGCAGAAGAAGAAAAAUAUUGGAUAACUCAUUCAGCACCAUAUUUUAAAAGAAGAAAUUUGUACAAUGAUUUGGCAGAAUGGAAAUGUUGGUAAACAAGAGCUAAAGUUAUUAUGAAACAUUAAGAUGAACCUUAAUAAGGAACUAAAAAGAAAAGAGCUGCUAAAUAGAUUAUUGAAAUGGAAUAUGCUGUUAUUAUGAUGAGAAGGAAAUAUCAUCCACCAUAUUUAGAAAAUUUUGUAGAUAUUGUACUUACAUUUCUUUAUGAUCCAAAAUGUAAAGUUGAAGAUAAAAAUCCUGAGGCUGAAUAAGAAUAAUAAGAAUUAGAAGAUUAAUUAUAAGAAUCUGAAAAUGAAGAAGAUGGAGAAGAAGAAAAAAAAAAUGCAGGAGAAGCUUAUAUUGCUGCAUUUAAAUAAUUAUAUUCAGAUUUUUAUUGGUUGAAUAUUAUGAGAGAUGCUGCAGAUUCUAUUUAUGCAUCUGAUUUAAAACCUAUGGAUCCUAUAUAUAAAGGAUUCAUAUAAUUAAUGGCUGAUAGUUUAGUUUUUGAUGAAGAUUGGAUGUUUUAUGUUUAAUAAAAACAUUAAAUAACUCCAAAAAUUAGAGAAAUAUUAGUUAUUCCUAUAAUUUAGGGAUUUAAAAUAUUAUUUAAUAAAUCUGAUAAUGAAAAAGAAUUAGAUUAGAAUAAAAGACCUUCUGUUAUUUUAGAAGGAUUUAAAAAGAGUACAAAAAACUAAUUUUCUGAACUUAAACUUAGUGAUAAAUAAAAAUAAGAAAAAGACAGGAUAUACAUAUAUAAAGUAUCAAGAUACCUUGCUUCUUAAUUAGAUGGUGGUUAUGACUCUAGUUUUAAAUUUAAGACUAUAAUGAAAGCACAUAAUAAUUAUAAGGAUGAUGUUUUAAAGAUAUUUGAUUUCUGUUUAUAUUCUGUAUCAGAAUAAUCAGGAGUUAGUAAUGAUUUCAUUAUAGAAGAAGUAUCUAAAAAAUUUCCAAAAAUAGCUUAUUAAAAAUAUAUUUUUAAUGAAAGAGUUAUGAUAUCAUUUUUAGAUACAGAUUUAUUUAAAGAAGAACUUUUAAAGAAAGAUCAAUAAUAAUUAUAUAUAGAUUUAUUAAUGCAUUUACUUAUUCAUGGUAAAACUACUAAAUUAGCUACUUGUAAACAUAUUAUUACAUAUCAUUCAAAAGAUAAAGAAUAAAUUACAGAAUAAAUAAUAAAUCUUCAAAAAGGAUUAAUAUCACCAUUAUUAAUUGUAUAUUAAUCUGAUCAUCCUAUGUUAAGUACUUAUGCUUGUGUUGCUCUUUAUAAUAUGUGUGCAAAUUCAAAAGAAUUUAAGUAUUAAAUCAUGAAAGAAAAUGGAAUAGCUCUUAUUAAUAGUAAAUUAUCAACUAAUAAUUAAAAUGUCUUAUUAUAUACUUUGAAAUUGAUAUUUUCAUUAAUGACUAUUGUAUAGAAUAUUGAAGCCUUCCUUUAAUUGGAUAUUAUGAAUACUUUGAUUGGAAUAAUAUAAAAACAUAAAGGAUUUGCCUUAUAUUCAGCACAAGUUUUGGCAAUGUGUUUUAAAAUAUACACUAAAUGUAUCAGUAGAGAUAUGGAUCUUAGAGAUAAAUUAGAUCUCUUUUUCUAAGUAGUUGUACUUAUAAGUGAUGUGUAUUUUGUUGAAAUAAAAGAUGUUGAUUUUUUGAAAGCAGAAGCAAUCAAUACAAUAUUUAAAAUUUGUCAUCUCAAUAUAGAAGAUGAAAAAUAUUUAGAAAAGGUUUAAAGUGGAUUAAUGCCUUAUAUUAUACAAUUAUUAUAAGUUCCUAUUGAGUAUGAACUAUAAUAAAGUAUUGUUAAAUUAAUGUGUUUAAUGAUUGAUAAACGUUUAAGUUUUAGAGAUUAAUGGGAAGUAUAAACAAUUGUUCCAAUAAUUGAGAAAUUUGAAUCUCAUGAUCCACCUAUUAAUGGAGCAGAUUUUCUACUCAAACAAUUACUAUUAUCUGAUAAUAAAUGA